ACCCACCUCUCAUUCUCUGCUCAGCGCGCGACGACUUCAAAACCUAAAUCCACAUUUCCGUUCAAUCCACUAUGGAUCCGCAGCCCGAACCCGUAAAUUACAUCUGCGGAGAUUGUGGGCAGGAGAACACGCUGAAGCCAGGGGAUGUGAUCCAGUGCCGUGAAUGUGGUUAUCGCAUCCUCUACAAGAAACGCACCCGCAGAAGUAUUACUAUUUCCCUUUUUCUUAUUCUGCCUUAUUGUUGCCUGUUUUUCGUUUCUCUUAUCGUUUCGAUUUCACAUCUUAAAUCAUGGUACAUACAAUAAUUCUGUAAUUUGUGGUAUAAGUUCUAUAAUUUGGGGUUGGACGACUGAGUGUUUGAACUGAAAUAGGUAUUAAUUUAUGGGGUAGUAAUUUAUCUUUCUGUGGCAAUGUGACUACUUUAUUACUCCAAAUUAAUAGUAUGAAUUAAUAGCCUUGGGACGACGAGAAUCUGUUAACUAAAAUUCGUAUCAAGAGUAAUAUUUUAUCUUUAUGCCACAAAUCGGGAUACUAAUUUAUUGAGUAUCAAUGUAUAACAGUUCUAUUAUAAUUUUAAAUAUAGUCAAAAUCACUAUCUUGAUCAUUGUAGAACGUUCUAUACUAUAAGUUUCAUGUAUUUACAAAGUUGGGACGUUACGGAAUCUUUUAACGGAAAGAGAUAGCAUUUUAUCUUUAGGCACCAAGAUGUGACUAUGAGAAUUUCAGUGAUUAUUGAUAUAUUGAGAAUUAAUAUUUAAUGGCUCUACUGUAAGAAUCCUGCCUUCGCCGAGCUACACAAUAUUUAUUUAUGCAAGUGUAUUAACUAUUAAAUGCUUUGAGGAUGAACAUUGUUGCUACUUGCUAGCUUGGUUUAACAAGAAGUCCCCAGUUUGUAAACUGAGUAUGAACAUUCUUCCUUGCUGGGUUUGACAUGAAGUUUCUCAUUUAUGCUCUUUGAGUAUGAUAGGAUUCACUAAUUUGUGGCUUGGUUUGUUGUAUGUAAGCUGAAGGGAAGUUAAAAAUUGG